UAGAUCUGAUUAUAAAGCUCACGAAGGCUUGCAGCGUGCUCAGGCAUGCAAUGGAGGAAGGGCUCAGCAUAUUGACGUGCAGGAGCAGAGUUAAUUACUGUACGCUCGUACGAACAGGUCUUCAGGCCGGGAAGAAAACUUUGGAGAAAUAGGCAAUCUCCCUGAAGGACUACUGAGCGGUCGCAAAAAUUUGCCCUGAUUCUCGAGCGUAGAAAAAAUAGUUCUCGCCUCGACAACUUAAAGCGAUUUUUAGCUUCCCCUCUGAAGAGAUUUUUACGACCAAGUGCGGCUUUUGUUUACCCACUUCUCCAGUUUCCCCCAUCGAAUAAACUGCGUACGGUGGACUUCUCUGUAUCAAUUGGCUUUAAGUGGUGAAGGUGCUCCACCAAAGAAUUCAGCGAUGUGUGAAUUCUUUGAGACUGCUUCUCCUUGAAGACUUCCCGCCUUCAGUUGACAGUUCGUGUCAGACGUUCGUGUUCUGCCGACUUGCACUUAACGCAAUCAGGCGCCUUUCCAGGAUAUCGAAAGCUGUGGUGAGAAAAAAAAUCAAUAUCAUCGUCCAAUUUCAUUCGAAGCGCCCGAAUGAUUUCCUGAGUGACUUAAACUAAGUGAGGACUUGUGAAAUAGCUGUCAAUCCUCAAACAUGAGUGACAGUCAGUCAAACCCACUUUUCACACAGGAUUGAGACUUGGAGGGUAUUUACUGAACUCAGACACCACCAUGAUGACUAACAUGUUCGGCUGCGGUGCCUUAAUUCUCGCUUUGACAAUUUUACAAGCUGGGCUUUGUACAAGCACGACAACAUCGGUAACGACAGAUCAGAUCACCACCGUGUCGGGCCCGACAAUUCCAACCGAAUGUCGGGAACUUUACGAUACGGCCUUUGCUGUCGCUAACGUCACAUCGCAGCCAGAUUUUUCAAUGUCUACGCUGACCCUAACUCAAGCUUUCAUCAUGACAGCUGUGUUUGGUAUCUUCUGUAUCUCAAUGGCUCAUGGCUUUAACUGGAUAAGAAGACAUGUGUACGAAGACCAGGACAACCUGGACACAGACUUUGAUGCUGGUGGACAGGUGUCCAUGGGACUAACAGCCACAACCGUCGUGUCACAGUGGACGUGGGCAGCUACCCUCCUCCAAUCGUCAGCAGUAGCAACGACGACCGGCAUCAGUGGACCCUUCUGGUACGCUGCAGGGGCGACCAUCCCUCUUCUCCUUUUUGCCACCCUUUCAGCCCAGAUGAAGACGCGUGCCCCGGGAGCCAAGACUUUCCUCCAGGUCAUCAUGGCGAGGUUCGGACCGCGGACUCAUCUCGUCUUCUGCUUCUUCGCUCUCCUGACCAACAUCAUAGUGACGGCAAUGCUCAUGCUUGGAGGUUGUGCUGUUUUGACGACCCUCGUGGACGGCCUAAGUCUCGAACUGGCCGCGAUGACAUUAGCGGCUGUGAUCGGCGCCUACACUUUCAUUGGGGGCCUAGGCGCCACGUUCUACGUGUCCUACUUCAACACUUCCGUCAUCUUUAUAAUCCUGCUGAUUUUCCUUGUCAAGGUUUAUCACGAUCCUGCGGACAACCCUGACAACCCACUCGGAUCUGUGGAGCGAGUCUUCAAUCUGCUCCUCUGUUCUCAAGGGCCUGAAGACAACUGGGAGAAGAGUUAUUUGACUUUCCUGUCACCGCCUGGUAUAAUGUUCGGCAUUGUCAACAUUGUGGGAAACUUCGGCACCGUGUUCGUGGACCAGUCGUACUGGCAGAGCAGUGUUGCAGCUAAGCCCCGUCAGGGCAUGUGGGGAUUCCUGAUCGGAGGUAUGGUGUGGUUCGCCAUCCCCUUUGCAUUCUCAACAACCAUGGGCCUGGCUUACACGGCACUUAGCACGUACCGAGGCAAGCCUCUCCUCACAGACGAUUUGGUCAAUCAAGGGUUAGCGGCACCAGCCGUUGCUAAUGAGCUCAUGGGCUCUACAGGAGGCACCCUGAUGGUCCUACUCAUCCUGAUGGCUGUGACGUCUACGGGGUCAGCCGAGGUCAUUGCUAUCACCUCCAUCAUCGUGUACGACCUUUACCAGAUCCAUCUGAAGCCCUACCGCAGCUCAGCUGACAUCAACAGCUGUUUGCUGUGCGGAAAAUCCCGCGGAAGGAUGGCCAACAAGAGGGACAUGUGCUCCUGUUGCACCAUGGGAAACUGUACGUCAUGCACCUCAGACGACAGAGCUCGUAAGGAAUGUAAGCGCGCCCUCAAACCAGUGUACAAGUGCAAGACGCAUGGCUCCUACCGCUCCUAUCUCGAACUCCUGAGGGUGAAGCGAGACUGGGCGAUACUCUGGGUUUCAAUUGCCAUCAUUCCGCUGACUCUACUCUUCGAUAUUUUACAGGUCACCCUAAGUGGCGUGUACUCCGCCAUGGGCGUGUUCAUCGGCUCCUCCGUCGUUCCAAUUAUUCUCGGGACCUUCUGGACACGCCUCACCAGCAAGGCCAUGGCCAGCGGCGCCCUCGUAGGAAUGCUUCUGGGUAUCACGAGUUGGUUGGUGUCCGCCUCACUUUUAUACAAGAAAUUUGAUCUGUCUGCGUUCAUGACGAACUCGGGAGAUAACAAUUUUGAGUUGAGUAUGCUCAUCGGAAACUGCACGUCACUUCUCUCCGGAGGCCUUAUCGCAGUGGGCGUGACCUUUUUCACGAAACAUCCCCUGUCGGAGCAAGAAAGGAUGGAGAUAUGGGAGAAGACGCGUGACAUCGACAACCCUUUGUCACCUUGGACAGAAUUAUACGUCAGGGAAUUCAACAUUACAGAUGUGAAACUCGUCUAUAAUCGGCCGUCCCUGGAACAAAUGCUAAAGGAAUUUAAGCGGGCGAGGUACACAACCCUUAUUUUGAGCCUGGGACUUACUGUUCUAAUGGUUCUAAUUUGGCCUAUCGUUAUGACUGCGCUUUUCGUCCUUAACAAGAACCAGUUCCAGCACUGGAUCAACCUGACUGACACCUGGGCUUUCACUGCCGCCAUUUUCAUUAUUGUGGUGCCUUUGGCGACGGAGGUGAAAGACAUUGUACGUCAGUUUAAGCACUUGAGGGCGCGCGUACGGGUUGCGCCCUCUAUUAGUGAGACUCCGGAUUCGCCAGUUGCGGAGGCCCGCGCCUGAUUAUGUGUCGAGAAUUGACAUUUCUGCCAAGUUAUUAAUGAAAGGUGAGGAAGAACUAAAAUGUAAUGGUUUGAAGCUGAGAAGAACUGAAGUGGAAAUCUUGUCGAAACGCAAGACAUCAACACGACAUAUUAGCCGGGGAGAAUCGAUUUCAGUUGGAAUCGCUAGCGAAUAAAGACCGCUGGCAAGCACGGAGUCUUACUGAGGAAACAUGUAUUGUGAUCGAACAUCAGCGAGUUUUCUAUGAAAGUGCUCUGAGCACAUUCAAUUACAAUGCUCACGUCUAUGCCACUUUACAUGAGAAACGAGUUUGACGUGAUGAAGCCGCUCCCUUACAAACCAUCCUGUACCAGCAAUGAAAAUAGCCCUGUUCAGGCGAAACACGCUUGUCGCAAGGUCAAGCUUGCCUAGGAUUUCUGGAAAACAAGACGAGUGAAUCAACGGGAAGGAAUUUCGACCGCCAGCAUACAGAAUGUCUAAUCAAGACAAUGUGCAGCCUGGGGUUGGGUUUUCGAAACAAGUUGUGUGUUCGAACUGAUAAAGGGGCGUGUUAAAUACUUGGAUAUCGCCAGUUAGACGUCGCAAAUAAAGGCCGGUUCAUACUUAGUGCGAAAGCGAAUAGGAACGCACCCUUGUGACGACAAAUGAAAAGUUCGUAAAGGCUGAACGCAUUUUUGAGCGAAAUUUUGCUGCAAAUCAGUCAUACUAGCCACGCUUUCGCGUUCGCCUUUAGCAUGAAAUGGCCUUUAAGCAUUCGAGGCGAAAAUUCGCUAAUUUGAAAUACGUUCGACUUCUGCAAGGUCGAAGUAUAACGUUCCAUGCAUGAGGUAUGUCACAAAUUGGCGUCUGCUUUCGGUCUCUCUUGCCAAGUUGAGUAUAAAUCUCCUUAAAUUGACAUACCGCUAAAGUCAUUAUCGCCCAUUUCAUAAGAAAGUGAUUCGAAAUAAAUAUGUAUUUGUUGGGCUAUCAGUCGAUCCUAUAAUUUUCUACUCACUCUUUUUGAAACUAUCUCCCACAACUGCAAAAUAGAAGGAAAAGGCAACCGGUUAAUGGCUGAAAUAAUCAGUAAAUCUUGCGCGGCAUCAAGAUCGACAGAUCGCGCAAAGAUCGAGUAAUUGCGUAGAUCGACCAAUCUUGGCCAAUAUAUUCAUGGUUCUGAAUUUUAAAAGAGAAUGUCUGCCUAAUGUCUCGUUAGAAUCAAAUAAGCCAACAUCUUUUUAAUGAUUUUGUUCUCAAAGUAAUUAUGUAUAGCAGUUCAGGUGGAUGGUAUGAUCAGUUUUCGUUCACCACUCUUUGUGUCAUUAUCGGGUGUGUAGUUUGUAACACUGUCCUCUUCCCAUACCAAAUACUAUAGGCCCCUAAGUUUAUAAUUACUUUGAUUUGUCCAUUUCAGGUGGACUUAUUAAAGGAAUUAUAGAGGUGUUUCUAUUUUGACUUUGCACGGUUUGAUAAAGCCAUCAGUUCAAAAGGGGGAUAAACAUAAUGGUUGUUGCUUACAACCGAGUAGCAUUGCAGCGUGUAACGAGGUCCUAGUUGAUACUUUUACAUGUAGCUGUAAUCAUGUACAAUCCUCGGAACUUUUUGUCUGUUUUGAUACUUCAUAAUUUAAAGCGAAUUAAAUAGAAAAAUGGGUUGCAGGAUGUAAUUAUAAGCAAAUUGUCAAACACAAGCUUGUGCAGUUCCAAGUUUUUUUAUCAUUAACGCAAAAUGUUUUUCCUGUAUCUUUGAGUUGUGCAUGUUUGAUACUCGACUGUUGGAAUUUGUAGUUAAGUUUUCCUUACUGACAAAGUCACCAUUUCUCAGUGGUAAUUUGUGACUUUUUAUUGUCUGCACACAUUCUUUCAUCUUUGAUUAUCGUGGCACUCGUUUAUGAUCAUCCUCUCAAGCCUGAAAUGUUGCUAAGUUCUGUUAUUUGCUUACUAUGAAAUUUUCCCGGUUUACCCAAGUGGCCUCAGCCGCAUAAAGAAAGACUUUUAAAACAAAUAGAACGGUUGUAGUUGUCCGCAUUAGUCGUAAUCUUAUUAGCUUUUUUCACACGAUGUGUAUCACUCUCAGACUUGUCGUUUGCAAACUGGAAAAUGAACAUUAAUUAUUGUGGCUUUUUUAUUCUCCCGCAAUAAGAAUAUAAUUUUAUGUAUAUAAAAACAUUGCUGGGGACUUUUGCAUUUGUUGUUGGAUUGAAAUUUACUAAAUUAGAUUUUUGAAAAUGAGCGUCAAUUUAAACAUUAGUCCAAAAAUCAAAGCUUAAUUUUCUCAUAAUCAUGAAUGACAACUGUUUAAAACACCAAGAGCCUUAUACAUCUUGUCUUGAACAGAUAGUGGUGAAAAGAAAUUACGAAUGACUGAAAUCUUAAUCUGAAAGUUGAAUUAUAUAUGAGCCUCGAGUUGGACCAAGAGAGGACGCAGUUUUCUUUGCAACGGAGGUUCUUUUGGUCAGAACUGAGCUGUGCUGGUUCACGAACUACUGUGAAAUGCGGGCGUUACAUUUACCUCGUUGCCAACAAAAUGAACGCUCGUUCAACAUGGUUCUUUUCAACCGAUGAGGGAGUGCUUUUGUUCAAGGUGGAUAGAUGAACUUCUUCCAACGAGACAGUUUCAUUCAGAAAUAUUGAAAUCACUAAGCUAGUCCUUGGUUAUAACAUUGUAUUUUCAGAGAGAAAACACUGUAAGGCCCAUCCUGAAAUUCCCCAACAUUUCUUAAUUUUAAGGCAAAUUGAUACUAUGUGGGGAAUGAGUAUAGACACGUAAAUGAUUUCAGAAGAGGUAAUAAACAGAUAAAUUACUUUCAAAGCAUUUCAAAUACCGUCUUUUAAAACCAGUAAAAUGAUGCAAUCUUAAAGGACUCCUCGAAUGUAAUAUACACCAGACACGAAAUGUAAAUGUAUCAUUGACCAACAGUUUAAUGUUUGGCUCUGCAUCGAUUCGCUUGCUUCUACCCGCUGUUUUAUAAAUUUUACAUUUGCUGAACUUACUGAUCUAAACUUGCCUGUAAUUGAAUCUCAAUACACACGUAAUACUGUAACUCAAUUCAAACUGAACCUCUUAAAGUGCAUAAUAUCAAAUUUCCAAAGUGUUCUUGGUAUUCAUUUUCAACACCCCUCCCCAAAUCAUCUCUGGAAAUCAAAAAAUAAAAUAAUA